AUGACAUUGGUGAGAGAGAGAAGGCACCAACAAGCACUAAGGCUCUCCCCACCUCCACCGGAUGUUACUCCGGUAGCAGCUGAUCAUUUCAGGCAGCAGAGGACUACUACUCCUACUUCUACUCCUGACUCUCCAGCCAAUGUCGAAAACCUCUCUGACCUUGAGAAACUGGAAGUUCUUGGACAUGGCAAUGGCGGCACUGUUUAUAAAGUGUGUCACAAGAAAACCUCAACCAUUUACGCGUUGAAAGUCCUCCGUUUCGACCACUAUGCCACCGGUAUCUUGCAACAAGCAGCGCGUGAGGCGGAGAUCCUUAAGCUAGUGGACUCGCCCUAUGUCAUUAGAUGCCAUGGGGUUUUUGACAAUGGCUUCAUGAGUAGUACUAGUGAUCACAAUGAUGGUGGGGGUGAUUUGUGUUUUGUGAUGGAGUAUAUGGAAGGAGGCUCGCUGCUCGAUGUGCUGCGAGCACGCCAGAGAUUGCCUGAGCACGUAAUCUCUAGCGUGGCAAAGCGUGUCCUCCAAGGAUUGCACUAUCUGCAUGCCAUGCAGAUAGUGCAUAGGGACAUCAAGCCCUCAAACCUGCUCAUAAAUGGUAGAGGCCAUGUGAAAAUUGCAGAUUUUGGGGUGAGCCAUGUUGUGGCAGGUGCCCGUGAGGCAUGCGACGCCUACAUGGGCACCUACGCGUACAUGAGCCCCGAAAGGUUUGAUCCAGAGCGGUGGGGUGGUGAUAAUGCGAAUGGGUUUGCCGGUGAUGUGUGGUCACUUGGAUUGGUGGCGUUGCAAUGUCACAUGGGUCGUUUCCCACUGAUUACUCCUGAGCAGAAACCAGAUUGGGCAACUUUAAUGUGUGUGAUAUGCUUCGGAGAGGGGGUGGAGAUGCCGGAGACGGCAUCCCCGGAGUUUCGGAGUUUCGUUUGGGGAUGUGUGGAGAAGGAUUGGAGGAAGAGAGCAACUGUUGAUGAGCUUCUUGACCACCCUUUUGUCAAUAAAACUUGCUGCCCUUCCACUGAAGACUUGGUUGAUUAUGUUUAA